ACUUAUUCACUCUGUAAUGGUUAUGUUCAGGUUCUCUGCCUAUUGUGGUAAACAACGUUAGCUUGAUUUAAACACGAAGGAGUAAACAUUUCAAUGUAUUCUUCAAUUAUAUAGAAUUUCGCCUACACUGAGGAAACCGGCUUGCGUAAUGGCGGACAGCCCCGGAGAUGAUGACUUUGAAGAUUAUGACAAGCCAGGUGCAGAGAGAUCACGCAGGAGGAGAGGCGAAGAUGAUUUAGACAGUGAUCUUGAGAGUGAUUUGCUCGAGGAGGAUUGGCUGACAGCCAAAAAGGAUCCCUCAGAAGUGUCAGAUGAGGAAUUGAACGACGACCUUCUACAAAGCGAUGAAGAAGAUCAAAACAUUGGCCAGGGCGUUAGCCUCAAUGCUACUCUAUGCGAAUUUGACCAGCAGGUGAACCCCAUAGACUACCAAGAAAAACUAGGAGAUGUAGAGGGGGGCUACCAGCAGGAGGGGGGAGAGUACGUGGACGAGUACAGCCUGCCCAAUGACAUGGAGAUACCAGACGGCCAAAUGGAAUACUCAGGAGAACAGGCUGGGGGCGACGGAGUGUUAGACAUUCAAAUCAAUGAGCCUCUAGACGAUGAAUUUCAAGUGGAUGAUUACUCACCAAGCUAUGGAGGUGGAGAAAAGCAGGAGGAGCAGGCAGAGCAACAGGAAGCCCCAGAGGAGGAGGAAGUCUCUCAGCUCGCAGACACAGUGACUGAGAAUGAACCAGAGCCAAAGGAAGAAGUGAAGGAGGAGGAAGACGAGGAUGAAGAGGAAGACGACGAUGGAGAGUCUGGACGGUUGCGUUUCAAAACGGAGCGCAAAGAUGUCACGUCUGGUGUUGUGCGGCUGGCGGAUGCGGGAACCAAAAGACGGAACAUUCCUGAAACAUUAGAGCUGUCUGAAGAGGCCAAAGCAGACCUGAUGGAGUUUGAGGAGAAGGAGCGCCAAAGGAAGCAGGGCCGCUUUGGGGGCCGAGGAGGAAGAGGAGGAGAUAGAGGAGGAUUCAGAGGUCGAGGAUUAAGAGGGAGGUUCCCCGGAUUUGGGAUGGGAGACUUCGGGGGAGGAAGAGGACGAAUGAAUGACCUGAGGCUCCCAAUGGUGCCUCUACAUAUGGGCAUGCAGCAGUCUCCCUCGAGAAUGACUCCACCUCACCACCAACGUCAUCAUCCUCAUCAGCAGCACCAUCGCCAGGGUGGCCCUCGAGGGCCCUCCUUCCAGGAGCACAGUGGCGGCCUGCUGGCCCAGCAGCCCCUGCAGCCCCUCCUCCCCCUGCACAUGGCCCAACGCGGGGCACCAGUCAGGCCCCAGAUGGACCCACCACACCGCAUGAUGAGUCCCCCUCCCUCACACAACCACCAGCAGCCCAAGAACAUCCACAUCAACCCCCAUUUCAGGGGCCCUGCAUCCUCCCCUGCACAAGUGCCCUUGCUGUCUCCUGCCCAGAGCCAGCCCAGACCUGCUGUGGGUCCUCAGAGGUUCCCUGGACAGGGGGACUUCCAGCAACAGCACGUGCCGGGUAAUUUCGGCCAGCCGCCCCAGAGGCCCCCCCAUCACAUGGAGCCCUGGAGGAACCAGCCUCCCCCCACCCCCCAGGACAGAGAACCCUUCUUCAUCGGGGAGCCAGGGCGGUUCCCAGGGCAGCAGCUGCUCAUGUUCGAUCACCAGAACCCCGGCUUGCUCAUGAACAGUAAUAACCACCAGCUCUCCAGCCAGGGCCACAUGGCCUUCAACCAGCCAAGCCCAGGAGGGUUCAACCAGCCAGGCCAGGGUCCAGGGGGCCAGCUAGGGAUGUUCCAGAGAGAGCCCCCCAGACCUAACCUGCCUCCCCAGGGCCACCCCCAGAGCCUGACUGGGCACAGCGGACCCACCAACACCAGGCUCUUCAUGGGCCACCGUCAGCCCGGCUUCCCCCAGCAGCAGGGGACUCCCGGGCCGUUCCCCUCACAGCAGCUCCAGUUUGGGAUGCAGGUACGGAUGAGAGGCUUGAUGCAGCACGGCCUUCUCCACUCGCAGCUCCAGCAUCAUGACUUGCCUCUAUCCCAUCAGCAGCAACAACAUCAGCAGCACCACAGACAGGACCUGUCUCAGCCGCCCCUUCAGCACCACUCUCACCCCCAUCCCAAUGAGCAGCGGCAAGGCCCCAUGAUGCACCGCGGCGGGCAGGGCCAGCCCCCCUUCCACCAGCAGCAGAUGCAGCAGCACGGCAGCCCCAGACAGAUGCACCCUAGCGGGCCCCGCCCCCAGAACCUCCAGCAGCGUAACGCCCCCAUCAGGCCGAGGAUGAGCCCUCCUGCCCCCAAAGUCAUUCCCCAGCGCAACAGCAACCUCCGCGAGCUCCCCGUGGCACCUGGCAACCAAAACGCGAACAACGUCCGCCCCGCCUCUGCGCCAAACUCCUCCAACGUCAGGCCCGUUUCCAGGGCAAUGCAAGGAGGGGCGCGACCGGGCCUGAACCCUCGGCCGGUACCCGGCGGUGGCAGAGGAAGAGCCCAGCCUGCUGCUGCCAACAUGGCUGCAGCACAGCUCCCUGGGCCACCUGGAAGAACGGUGGUUCGCAGGGAUUCCACAAGCACUCGGCCAAACACAGCAGUACAGGAUCCGGACGAGGACGAGGAGACGCGGCAGUACCGUCUGAAGAUCGAGGAGCAGAAGCGUCUCCGGGAAGAGAUCCUGAAGAGGAAGGAGAUGAGGAGGCAGAUGCAGGCCAGCGUCCGCAAGAAGGAGCUACUGGAACGCAUCAACGGCCAGGGUGACCCACAACAACAUCAACAACCGCCCCAACAACAACUGCAGAGGCAGUUUCCUCCUAAACCUCAACAGCCCCAGCAAGGCACUUCUGCCUUCCCUCCCAACGGCACCCCACAGACGCCCCCCGCACUCCGCCAGAACGUCAAGACCCGCCUGACCAAGGGUGAGCAAGCCCUGGCUCCAGGCUGGCAGGGCAGCCAGCAGGGGCGUGGCCCUGGUCCCAACCCUCAGCAGCAGGUCCAGUGGCAACAGCAACACGGGCAGCAGAGGAGGAACGUUACCCAGCUGAACCCUGUCAGACCAGGUGGGGCCCCUCUCAUGGGGAACAUGCCCAUUCAGGGAGUCCCGAUGGCGGGUCUGGGUUCAGGCCAGGCCCAGGCUCUGGGGCCUAAAUCAGGGGUGAAGAGAACUGUGAUGCAGCGAGCCAACAGUGGAGACGGAGCGGGGCCACAAGUCCCACAGAAAGUAAGAGUGGUCAAGCUUCUAGGAGGGGGAGGAGAUGUGAGUGGUGCCAGCGCCCCAAUCCAGCAGCAGGCCACCAGGCCAGCCCCCCAGCUCCGCCAGGGCCCAGUGAGGAAGGUAACCCUAGCCAGCCCCCCCGGAGGACAGCCCAUACAGGGCCUGGUCACACAGGGGGGCAGAGGGGGCAUGGGCAACAGGGUGGUUGUCCCGGGGUGUGGCAGAGCCAGAGGGGCAGCGGGGGCGGGAGGGGUGAGUCAGCUGGGCCGUGGGCGCCUGAUUCCUACCAGACAGAGCCAGAGAGGGGCAGGGGACAGCCAGGCCUGCACUGUGUCCAUAGACGGCCUCUCCACAUCCACCACCGACGCGCAACUCCGAAACUUGCUCAACUCAAUCGGCCCCAUCCAGAUGUUCAAAAUGCUGCCCCAGCAGAGGAAAGCCAUUGCCAAAUUUCACAAUCCACAGCAUGCCUUGAGUUUCCAAGUCAGCUUCAACAGGCAUAUGAUAGAUUUGUCCCAUAUUGAUGUGUCACUGAUUGAUGUCUGAAGCGCGCGGUAGAAGGUGGCGGCGAGGGCCCAGCGCAGGACGUCACGCCUGACGCUCAUGUGGCUUGGAGACUACGGUGUACAAAUCCUUCAGCUAUAUGUAACCACAGCCCUAUGGAACACGAACCUACACAGCACCCUCAUCCUCCUCACAACAAGCACCCCCGACCGCCUUGCCUGCUGACUAUCUACUGUGGGAAAACGUCAACACAAAGCAGCAUGUUUUGCUCAUGUUUGAAUUGCCGUUAAGGGGGAGGUUCAAUGCCGGUUUCAUAUGACAAAUAUGUUUAUGGUCGCUGGUCUGGACACUUGGACAGACGUGACUAGAGGGAAGAUGCUGGAUAGUCUGUGAUUUUUCAAACUUUGACAGAAGAAAUUUGAGAUGGGGAAAAGGUUUGAGUAAAAGGUUUGCAUCUAACGACAACAAGAAGUAGUGGUUAACACUGGAUAAUGGUUGCUCCCACCCUCAGCUCAGUUGUGAACACCAUCUAUAUCAACGAUUAGGGAAAAGAGUUUAGGACAUUUAACUUGUACCUGGAGAUUUUACACAUUUUCUGAACAGGUGUUUCUGAUUCGAGGCAAGCUGCUGAUGUAGGUCUUGACUGAAAGAAACCGGUGUAGAAUAGGUGCGAAGCUUGCCACAACAUAUUUUCCUUUCUGGCAGUGCCAUUUUCCUUCUACAGAUGGCAGCAUUUCAUAAUUAUUGUGGGUUGGAUGCGAUGGGUUGACUUUUUGGGUAGAGCCCUUCCUCAAGUAGUGUUUUGUUUCUGAGUAAAGGGCACAGCCUAGUGGAGAAUUUAAGCCAUUUAAACAUUUUUUUUUUUUAAAUCUGGUUUGAGGGUAUGAUUAUGGUGAUUCAAACUUGCACUUGCAUCAGGUAACGAUUCCAAGGAUUUUUAUUCAAAUAGAAUUUCGAUUGAUUAGCCAUGCAAAAUACAGGACGUUCUUAACCUAUUCCUUUACACAGUUCUGUUAAAGAAAGCCCUUUUUGACUGACCACCAUGUCUUCACUUUUCACUUCUGGAGGAAUACUAGGCUGGAUGACAUGGAUAAAUAGUGUGUAUUUGUUAGGUUUUCUCUACAUUUAAGUUCAUUGACGUUACGCGGAAAGACUGGUUUAAUUGCCCUUAUGAUGCUAGUGUGUCCAUUUUGACCAGUAGCGUUACUUGACCAUCGGAAAAACCGUGUACUUGAAUAGGGAGCCGUUAGUUCUGUCUUUUAACUGGGUAAACAUGAAUAGGGCGUCUACGCUUGUGUGAUCUCGGAAUCCGUUUUAGACUUUAUUUACAUUUUUGCGACGCACUCAACUUUAGUUUUGUGUAUUGUUGGCAUAUUCUUAUUUCAUUGGUACAUGUCAAGUUUAGUGGGUGUGUGUUCGCUCCAUAGUAAAUCGUCAUUAAAGUUCCAUUUUAAUGGUUUAUCGGUGUUUCCCUUAGAAUUUGUUUUAGCAGUGGUGGCAACUGUCGCAGAAGGGGGGUGGGGGGUCAGGCAAGGAUCAUAAAGGGGUUUAUCUGGUGUUCGUGUUGGGGGGGGGGGCGUGGUAAUAGGCGUGGUCAACCCGUUGGCGCAGCUUAAUUCGAUUCAGAAUUGGCGGCGGAGAGACAAAUUUCGGGUUUCUCAGCAAAAUGUCCUGCAAUUCUAUGUAUCGCGUUUUGCCAUGGCUGUGUUAUGCUCACACAUAACAAAAGCAAUGGGUACCCUAAUCGGGCCCCUGGGUAUGUGCCCGGUAGGUAAUCCAGCCAGGCCAAAGAAUACUCAUAAAUUCAUAGGGAGAAUCCAAAAUGUAAAAUAUGAACUGUCUAGCUUUUAUUUUGUGGAUUUCUAGUUCUCAAAGAUUAAAUGAUCAUUUCUAAGUACUUUGUCUGGUUUUUGUCAUUUAAGUUUACACAAAACAUUUUUCCAUUCCACUUUUUUAUAUAUAUAUUUGGUGUGGCGGCAACAAUUUAGCCGCACCGGUGCGCCGCUGUUAAAUGAAUACAGGGGAAACACUGGGUUUAAGAUUGUCAUGCUACAUUGGUAUAAUGAUUCAAAUGCUGAGUAUGGUUGGUAGUUUUAUAGUUUGUCAACAAAAUCUCUUACAGAUUGAUUGGGAAAAAAACUUUUUGAAGCGUCCAAUUUUUGCAGGGUACAAUUUUUACAUUGCAGCAGAUGUGUUUUAGUUGCCAUAAAUUUAGAUUCUGUAUUGUAUUGCUGAUAUGAUUAUUGUUGGCUGAUACGUUCAGAAGAUUUUUGAUAUGGGUCAUUUAGAAACAGUUGAGUUUUGUUUCUGAUCAUAUAGAACUCUAACCUGAGCUACAACUUCUACUUUAAUUUAAUAGUAAACUUUAAUUUAAUAGUACAUUUUACUUUGACUCAAUAGUUAAACAAGGAUACUGGUUUUUGCAUUUGGCCACAAUUCAGAAUGUUCUAGCAGUCUUGCCAAUCUAUGUUUUUGUUGUUUAUAAUUCUGAUUAGAACACCAAGCUGCAAAAGGAAAGCUCAUACUUGUUUUUUUUACUUAAAAGAAAAAAAACAUAUUUACAAACUCAUUCUACCUGAGUGAUUAUCUAGGUAAUGAACGUGUGUAUAUAUAUAUAUAUAUAUAUAUAUACACACACGCAUAUAUACAUCAUAUUUUUUUUCAUGGUGUAUUUUAUUUAUUAAUGAUGGAUUUCAGGUUUACUGAAACCUGGUAUCUGGUGCAACAAAUGCAUAUUUGUAUCAGUGAACAACAUAGUACCUUUCAGUGUUGCUGGAUCAAAGCUUGGUUAGGUUUUUAUUUUGCUUCCAAAAGUGACCAACCUCCCAUAAUAAGAUAUCAGAAUAAAACAGUUGCAGUAUAAUUCCAUUAUUUUGUAUAAUUUAGUGCAAUACCUGUUCCAUUUGGGAAGGUGUGGGGGCAACCAUUGUCAGUGUAUUAGUAGUCAUGUACAUAACAUCAAACAAUUAUAACUUUCACUGAAUGUUUAUCACUUUUCCAAACGUUUUGAGUUCUCAUUAUGUGCUUUGUUGUAUCACGUUAACCUUUUUUUUUAUUUUUAUAUAUAUAUAUAUAUAUAUAUCUAUAUAUAGAUAUGUGUGUCCAGACUUUCAUUAUUCUACAAGUAUUUCAUUUGUAUGUUGAACAAAAACUUGAGAGCCUGGACCCUGUUUCUGUUUGUAGAUAUUUGAAGACGUUUUAAAGGGAAAAUAAAAUAUGGCCUAUAUAUACCAUGGAAAUAUGGUUAUGUGAAGCCGAUUGAACUAUUCUAGCCCGCAACUUUGUGUGUCUGAUGUCUAUUUGUCGUUGCGGUGAGGUAGCUCAAUUCGGAUGCCAGCUGUCAUUCAUUGUAAUUUAAUAUUUUUCUUAAGGUAUUGGUUAGUUUUUAUCCUCCCUGGUUAUUGUCUCUUACAGUAUACUGACUCCCCUCCCUGUGCUGUUUUACCAAAUCCUUUAACAAUUUCCUGUUGCACAAUUCAAUUUGGGAACUAGGUGUAUCAGUAAGAUUAGGUAACUUGUGCUUUUGAAUGUAGGCUACGUAGUUUGAAUGUAGGCUACAUAGUUCCAUUACAUGCUAAUUGGGUACAAUAUGCCAUUAUUUCUGGCAAUGAAUCUUUUUUUUUUUUUGUCAAGUAUUUGAGUAUCUUUAUUCAUAGUGUAUAUAUUCAUAGUUUUACAUUUAAUUACCCCCAUCCUCCCCAACACACAGCACUGAUAAUUAAUUAUUUGCGAUGCCAUAGUAUUAGCUGUAAGCAUAAGGAGCAGAGGAAGACUCAUGUGUUACCUAGUGGUUUCCUGUACUCCUUGUAAGUCGCAAAGGGCUACAUGUUACAAUUGAGUACAAUUUUAAAGUUUUUUUUUGUUUUUUUUGUCACUGUUCCCAUUUUGUGCUUUCUCUGACUCUACUGAGGUUUUAUUUUGUUUUGUUAUAUGUUUGAACUGGCCGCUUCUUUGCACGUUGUUCAAUGUUUUUUUGUAUUGAAUUUGAAUCCUAUGGAUUUGAAAAGUAUUGGCAAUGCCAUUUAAGUCCCAUUAGUAAAAGACAUGAAGGUUAUGUCUUGUAACAGAGAACCAGGUUCAUAUUGGACCUAUUUUUGUACCUUGUUUCAAAGGUUUUUAUUGCCGUUGUACUUGCAUGUACUUUACGAUGAACGUUAUGCUUUUUGUGUCAUCAGGUUUGGAGCACUCCACUUUAGCUGUUUCAAUGUUGAUAAUUUUUUGGGAAAACUGCACUAAUUUAGGUUUUAAACAGGAUGCUACAUCUACUGAUUGACUGAUCUGCUCACAUCAUCUAAUUGUUUCCUAUUGAUUAUUUUAAAUGUCAAUGGCUUUCUAAGAUACAACUACUGUACAUGCUGCUUAAAAUGUUAUCGUGGCCGUUGGGUUGAAGACGCGCCUGACGUUUAAAAGAUCUCCGAACUUUGAAACUACUAACGUUUCUUAUUCUUCACUUAGGUGUAUUGGAUGGGCUCCUGAAGCGCUUAGUUUUUUUGUUGCAGGACCACGGCUGAAUAUCCAUAGUUGACUCCUUUCCUCUUCUUUCUUUUUUAGGUGUGAUCCCGUGGACUGGCGGCUUGCCUCUCAAUGUUAGCACGAUUUGGUUGUUUGCAGGUCCUGUGAGAACACGAUUGACUACUUUUUCCUCUUGAUAAUUCAGUUGAUUUUGCAGCAUGGUUUUGGGCCUCAAACCCCAUUGGUCAGACUUACGCUUCUUCCAUCAACAACUUUUCCUGUAACCCUAUCCUCCCAACCUCCAAGGUUGGCAUUGACUCAGUUGAGGUGUGUUGUUAUUGUGGUUGUUGCUGCUCUUAACCCUCUGUAUCAAGCAGGGGCCCUGCCUGGAUUACCUUUGUUUGUUAGCCCAAUGGAUGGAGGUUAACAUCUGUGACGACACCCGGGUUCACAGAUCAGACACGCUUAAAGCCACACGCUUCCGCUCCACCCAAGUCAUGCCAGCUAUGCUCGGCAUUCAAAUGUUUGGUUGGAUCAUAAAAAAGACACCACUGAUUUCUUAUACCGUGUACGGUGUGAUAUUGUCAAGCACUGACAAAACUGACUUGAAUUGUUGAAAAUAUACCAAAAUGUAUGUUUCACAUUUGUGUUGAAAGAAAUGUUGAUCAAUCAAGAUUGUACAAACCAACGUUGUUCAAGAAUUUCAGUGUUUGUCUGUGAAAUGUUUGCUUGAGAUGCCUUUGUAAACUGAGAUGCAACAUGUUGAAAUAUGCUAUUAGUUUUACAAAAUAUACAAGAUACAAUGUACAUUGUUGAAUAAUUAAGUGAUUCCAUACCUAAAUAAACACCAAUGUAUUUUG